AUGGAUUAUCUGCGCUGGGAAACCCGCCGAGUCAACUCGUUCUUCACCUCUGUCUUCCCACCUGCUGCGAAAUGGUCCUUCAACGAUAUUCCGGAUUUGACCAACAUGGUCAUCGUUGUCACGGGAGGUAACGCCGGAAUUGGCAAGUCGAUGUGCCGUGAACUCGUUGCACACAACGCGCGCGUGUACACGUUCUGCCGAAAUCCCUCCAAGGCUGAAGCAGCAAUCUCCGACAUCAAGCAAGCGACAGGCAAGAACACUAUCUGGAACAUUCAGUGCGACCUCGCUUCUUUCCCUUCUGUCCUAUCCGCUGCCCGUGAACUCCUACUAAUGGAGCGGGACGUACAUGUCGUGUUCUGCAACGCGGGCGUUUGGCAGUUCUCUCCCCCACAAGUUACGCAGCAUGGGCACGACAUGUCAUUCGGUGUGAAUGUGGUCGCUCAUGCCUAUCUUAUCAAGUUGCUCUUGCCGGUCAUGCAGGCGACGGCGAAACGGUCUCCGGCAGGAACUGUUAGAGUCGUUAUGACAUCGUCUUCCGCCCCCAUUGGCGCUCCGAAGAAUGGCAUCAACUACUCCACCCUGAAGGACGGCCCCGAGCGUGACAAAGCCUACCACCCCUAUCACUCCUACUACCAAAGCAAGUGGGGGUUGAUCGCCUACACCCACGCGCUCGUACGGCAUUACCCUCUCGCCGAGUAUGGUGUUACUUUCGUCUCUCUUGAUCCAGGCUGGAUCAGGACCGACAUCUGGGAGUGGCAGAAGGAUGUUCGCAAGCAGCUCCGGGACUUGGUCCUCUGUGACACUGAUAAGGGCGCACUGACCCCGCUGUAUGCUGGUGUGAGCCCAGAGGUGAGGAAUGGGGGCUUCUAUGUCCCCUGGGCAAGGGAGGGCAAGAGCAGGGGUGAUACGGAAUGGCCUGAUCUGCAGGAGAAGCUCUGGGAUUGGGUGCAGGAGGAGCUGAAGGACCUCCCGUUGGAUGUCUACACCAUACCUAAUGGUAAGGUCAAUGGGCUCUGA